AUGGCCAAAAGACUACGACGACGGCCAUGCAGCCCUCUUAUCGGACCAGAGCCCCCCCUGGCAGCGGCUUCAGUCGCCUGCAGCCAGUGUGCAGCCUCUCCCACCGCUUUUCAUCAACUACUGCAAACGGCUCAGCCGCAGGAGCGCUGUGUGGGUCGCGCCAGGCUCGCCGAGCGGAUUGGCUGCAGCGGUCCCCUCGCAGAGGCGAAUUCGGCUACUGCGACCAAACGCGUCCAACCAUGCACACGUCCUAUUCGUGGAUAUGCCACGGCAAUGCUACGCCUAUCCACUUUCACUCGCGCACAAUGGGUGCAGGUGCGCGGCCAAAUUGCAAGCACGCCUGUUGUUGUCAGGUCAAGUCAGGACAGGUCGACAGAUGAGACCCUGGAAUGCGGGCCAUGCAGCGACCCCGGCGGCGCUUUUGGCUUGCUUGCUGCGAGCCGGAAUGAGGACAGCAGAGCCAGCGGUGACGUUAAGCAUGAACGUCUGCUGUGUCCCGUUACCGUGCAGCGAGAAGCGAGAAGGUUCCGAAAAGGCAGGCUUUCCUUUGAAUGCGCGCGUUUAUGGGCGUUGCCUGUCGCAAAUGCCACAUGUGCAAGUAGAGCCUGGCCGGACGGCAUCGAGUCCUGCCACGGGCCUGAACAAGUAGUAGUGCCCAUGGAUGAAUCCCGCGACGGCCCUCUACCGUGGCCAAGCCUAACCUUUGAGCUCCCGAUAGCGGUACCGACAAGGCCUCCGAUGGCUCAGGUACUCACAUCAGUCAUCCAAACGACAGGACCUCUUACAAUGCCCUACUCGCCGUCCGAUGCCUACAAAAACACGCCAAACCAGCCAAACCAGCCACAACCACGGGCCACGCAGAUGCCGCGCAACCAGCAGAAUGCAAACUCUGGAGGUACAGGAUACAGAGGGACUGCCGCUCCCAUAGCCCCGUAUGCCUUCAACAGCACGCCGCAGCUGCGCCAGGAGAACAGGUCUGUCUCUGCACCAACCCCUCAGGCCCUGCAGCAGCCCCCCAGCCACACCACCACCCAGUCCCGACUCGGACAUCCCUCCCACCCAUCCUCUUCUUCCGACUCCACAGUAUCCACUUCUGGUUCUUCCAAUCGCUCGUCGGGCGGUCCAACCAUGGGUGUAAAAGAUGAUAGUGACCUUAAGAAGCCCGUCGACAGUGUCGCGCCCUCAAUAUCCCUGUCCACUUCGAUACCAGACCUUUCGCUCUCAUUAGGCGGCGAUGCACCGACAAAGCCGUCGCCGGGCCGAUAUCGACGUGGCGCUGGGCGGACAGACUCGUCAAACAGUGUUCCCACAGGCGGCACUACUCCUACGCAGCGCUCUACGACGGCCGGAUCUUCGUACAUAACAACGUCGCAGUCUACGCCAAAUGGAACCUCAGGAGCCCCUGAGCUGUCACCGCCCUUCAGGCCAGGACAUAGUCGAGCGAACAGUGCAGACGAUACGCAAGUUAUUCGAUCAGGCGGUGUGGAUCCCGCUAAGCGAUACAGAAGACGAAGUUUCAAUGGACUGGAAGCAGAAAACGCAGCCCCAAGCAUUGUACCAUUGCAGGCUGCCUCGGCCACCGGCCAAAACACAAACUCGAGCACGAAUACCACCAGGCCUUCGAGCUCAAGUCGCACCGAAAGCCGCCCAGACUCGAAUCAAAGUCAUGAGAGACAGGGCAGCGCAGGCAGUGCUUCUUCGAACAACUCCUCAGCCCCCCAGUCUCGACCGGCUGCAAACACUCAACGAAGUUAUGCCUCCGUAGCUGGAGGAACUUCUUCCAAAGCACCUGAGUCGAACAGACGUCAAGCACCUUCCCCCUUGUCACAUCCCAUCUCUCCGUCAGAGCCCACGACCCCUGCAAAUGCUGUAGCAGCCAGUGCGGCUAUGCAACAUCUCAGUGCUGUGAAUGACAAGGACAAGGGUAUGAAGUCCCGUCUACGACGGGCAUUCUCUUUCGGCAGUGCCGCAGAGCUUCGACGAGCCUCCGCUGAGAAUAACAUUUCAGUCGAGCGUGCCAAGCUGAGGAAAGACAAAUACCAGAAUGACGAGGACGCUGAGCAAGCAGCUAUCAUUGCAAAGCAAGAGGCGGCAGGUAUUGGCGCUGGUAUCUACUCUGGUCAAGGUGGCAUAGGCUCAACUGACAAUCUGUCUAUACAGUCGGCUGCAUCGUCUGCCUCUGUUAUGCUUCGAAAGAUGGGUCAUGGUAUGAAGAAGGGUACCAAAUCUAUCAAGGGUCUAUUCCGACCAAAGUCUGUCAUUGGCGUACCUGCUGCAGAUGGACCCAUCACCAGGCCCAGCGUUGGCCAAGUUUCUCUAGUCACAGUUGAGGCAGAAAGACAAAAGGUCAAUGUCAACGCAGACCCCCACGAACAGACCAGGGGUGGUACUGGCUACCCCAGACUGGAACGCAACUCGAUUGAUGCAGGGCGAUCUGCAGAGAUUGUAAAUCCCUCCAACCCUGCGGCCGAAGCUGCAUCAAGAAAGAGCAUUGUAGGGUCCGACCGUGACCGUGCAGAGGUUCUCUCUUCGAUGAAGAAGGGUAUUUUGAAACGUAGGUUCCCUGCGGCCAUGGUACUGGCUGUUGCUAAUUGGUCUUCAGGUGCUGGUACAAACUCGGAUUCUGGUUCUCCUGUUCUUAAGCCUGUAGACACAGUUCCCAACGUAGGGUCAUCGAGAUCCAGCUCCCCCGAUACACCAAAGACGGAGGUUACGCAAUCCCGUAAUGAGGAUUACUUUGCAAAGCCACCGCGCAUUCACAACGGCAGCACGAGGAGUCUUCCUACUACGCCACAUGGCGGCAUGCGCAACAUCAGCUUCAGCCCACGCAUUCAGUUCCAUGACGCAUGGUCACCACAGGAUUACGAUCGCAGGGGUGACAUUGCAACGUGUAAUAGGCUUACACCGAUGCUUGCGCAACAGAUCAAAGAAGAACUGAACUCUUUCAAGAUGGAGAUGGAAGUUCACGAGCUCUCGAAACCACACACCCAUUUCUUCUAA